AUGGAACAUGCACUGACGCUUUUCCCUGACGGCUUGCCAACGCUCGAACGAUUGAAGCAGCACAAUGAGGGUCGCGAUGUUCCUUCUGAAACAGCCUGGAUCUGGGGCAAGGAAGACGAGAUUGGUCGGAUCAAUCUCCUGACUCCCAAAAGAGUCCUUGCUGCGAACCAUGCUGAAGUAAAGAAAGGCAAGGUUGUCUCCUUGAACUGGCCGAUGAAUUUGCCCGCCAAACCAGCUUUUGGCCGAGAUGCGUGCAAACAUACGGUCAAGAAUCAUCCAGAUGGUCCGCUGGUCUUCGAUGAUUGGCUAAACAUGAACAUACAAUCUGGAAGCCAAUGGGAUGGGUUUCGGCAUUAUGGGCAUCAGACCCAGGGACGCUUUUAUAACGAUUUGACUCCCGAAGAGGUCAAAACCGGAACACGCUGUGGAAUUCAAGCUGUCUCCAAUCAUGGUAUUGUUGGUCGAGGAAUUCUACUCGACUACUAUGGCUGGAAGAUGGCAAGAGGCGAAGCAUACGAUCCUCUCACAAGCCACGCUAUCCAUCUCGAUGAGUUACUGGCUGUAGCGAAAGACCAGAAGUUGAAGUUUGAAGUCGGCGACAUCUUACUGAUCAGGAGCGGGUACACUGAUGCAUAUGACAAGUAUAACCAGGAUGACCCGGCUCGCUUAGUCGAGGCUGGUUCGCUGCAUCCUUGUCUCGCCGGUGUGGCUCAGACGGAUGAGAUGAAGACUUGGUUGCACGACAAUUACUUCAGUGCUGUCGGUGGUGAUGCGCCAGCUUGGGAGUGUUGGCCUCCAGAGCAAUGGGCAUUGCACGAGUUUUUACUGGGUUCUUGGGGCGUCCUCAUUGGCGAGAUGUUUGAUCUCGAGGCUCUGGCCAAACAGUGCGAGCAGGAGCAGCGUUGGUCUUUCCUCUUCAUGAGUACCCCGUUGAACAUGCCAGGUGGCAUCGCUAGCCUUGCCAAUGCCCUUGCAGUACACUGA